CAGGGAAAGCGCCAAAGGAGAGAAAGUGUGUGGGGUGGAAAAGACCAUGUUUAACUCUCACUUGGUGGUUUCCGCGACUGGGGCUGGCUGGGGUGGGGAGAGCCCACGUCUGGGCCCUUGCAGAUGUCAGUUUUUCCUUGACAGUUGUGCUCUCUUGGUUGUUUCUGUGGAAUGAGUCUUGUGUUUAGCAGUGGUGGGAUGGCCGAAGCUAGGAGACGGGGUUUGUCCCGGGCUUUGCUUGGAAUUAGUUCUGAGAUCUUGGGCAAGACAUCCCUUGGAGCCUCAGUGUCCUCCCAGUAAAUGGAGGCUGUUAUUGUUAUCAGCCACAAUAAUGGAUGGGAAAGAGCUGAGUGGUCCCAAAAACCAAACCAGAUGCUGUAGUGCUCCCACACCUGCAGCAUCUAGAGGGCGGCAGCAUUGCCCACACCCACUGUAAUCCACAUACUCACUAGUUGUGGGGCUCCGAAGACAAAGCUAGCUGAGGAAGGAGUGGACUUAAUAAGGACAGGGGCCUUAGUGUAUGUGCAUUGUUUUUGGUCUAGCCAGGUCGAGAGGUUUACAGUGGAAAGUGCCCAGCCUAGGGCCUGGCUGACAGUGGACCCAGGGGAAUUGUUUUGUUUGUUUGUUUCAUUCUGCAUCUGGAGUGAGUCAUUGCCACUUGUCAAGGUGAAAUGGCAAAUCUGGGCUUCCUGUGGUUCCCAAAGUCUGUGACUGGAAAUCCACAGGCAAGAUGGUGUUUGAAGCUUGUUCCAGGGCAGCCUUAGGUAUUCCAGAAGGGUUGAGGGAUCUCUUCCAUGGGGGAAGAGGGGAAGGUUUAUAAAUAAACCUCACAUGUGUCUUCAGCAUUCGUUUUCCAAGGAGACCAUCGUUGGACUUUGGUUAGGACCCAUUCAGUGUAUCUCUCUUUGCCCAUCUUGAGUUAGAAUGGGGAGAGGAGGAAAUAAAUAGGUUCUUUUGUCUUUUUCUAUCCUCUCCCUUCCCCCAUUUCCUUCCCCCGUCCAGUCCCCACUCACUCACAUGCACACAUUAACCUUGAAGCCGAUGAGAUUGAGUGACUGGCACUUGGGACCACAGAGAAAUGUCAGAGUGUUUGGUUACAGACUCAAGGAAACCUCUCAUUUUAGAGUGCUCAUUUGGUUUUAAGCAAAAUUUUGGACUGUGAAUCAAGGCAUUGGGUGAAGAAAAAAAUGGCCUCGCCAGCUGACAGCUGUAUCCAGUUCACCCGCCAUGCCAGUGACGUUCUUCUCAACCUUAAUCGCCUCCGGAGCCGCGACAUCUUGACGGAUGUUGUCAUCGUGGUGAGCCGGGAGCAGUUCCGAGCCCAUAAGACAGUCCUCAUGGCCUGCAGUGGCCUGUUCUACAGCAUCUUCACAGACCAGCUGAAAUGCAACCUCAGUGUGAUCAACCUGGAUCCUGAGAUCAACCCGGAGGGGUUCUGCAUCCUCCUGGACUUCAUGUACACGUCUCGGCUCAAUCUGCGGGAGGGCAACAUCAUGGCCGUGAUGGCCACAGCUAUGUACCUGCAGAUGGAGCAUGUUGUGGACACUUGCCGGAAGUUCAUCAAGGCCAGUGAAGCAGAGAUGGUCCCUGCCAUUAAGCCUCCCCGUGAAGACUUCCUGAACAGCCGGAUGCUGAUGCCCCAAGACAUCAUGGCCUAUCGGGGCCGGGAGGUGGUGGAGAACAGCCUGCCCCUGAGGAACGCCCCUGGGUGUGAGAGCAGAACCUUCGCCCCCAGCCUGUACAAUGGCCUGUCCACGCCGCCAGCCUCGUACCCCAUGUAUGGCCACCUUCCGGUCAGCAGCUUCCUCUUCUCCGACGAGGAGCUGCGGGAUGCCCGGAUGCCUGUGGCCAACCCCUUCCCCAAGGAGCGGACCCUCCCCUGCGACAGUGCCAGGCCAGUCCCCAGUGAGUACAGUCGACCGGCCAUGGAGCUAUCCCCCACUGUGGGCCACAACAACGUGUACUCACCCAAGGAGGCAGCCCUGGAGGAGGCACGGAGUGACAUGCACUACAGUGUGGCCGAGGGCCCCAAGCCUGCUGCCCCCUCGGCCCGGAGCGCCCCAUACUUCGCCUGUGACAAGGCCGGCAAAGAGGAAGAGAGGCCCUCGUCGGAGGAUGAGAUUGCCCUGCAUUUCGAGCCGCCCAAUGCACCCCUGAACCGGAAGGGUCUGGUUAGCCCGCAGAGCCCCCAGAAGUCCGACUGCCAACCCAACUCGCCCACGGAGUCCUGCAGCAGCAAGAACGCCUGCAUCCUCCAGACCUCCGGGUCCCCUCCGGCCAAAAGCCCCACUGACCCCAAAGCCUGCAACUGGAAGAAGUACAAGUUCAUCGUGCUCAACAGCCUCAACCAGAAUGCCAAACCAGAGGGGCCCGAGCAGGCCGAGCUGGGCCGCCUUUCCCCUCGAGCCUACACUGCCCCGCCGGCCUGCCAGCCGCCCAUGGAGCCCGAGACCCUUGACCUCCAGUCCCCAACUAAGCUCAGCACCAAUGGGGAAGACUCCACCAUCCCACAGGCCAGCAGGCUCAAUAACAUUGUCAACAGGUCCCUGGCCGGCUCCCCACGCAGCAGCAGUGAGAGCCACUCUCCGCUCUA